GCAGGUUGGAAACUCUGAGCAUGACGCGUCCAGUGUCAAUUUGAAACGAGUCCGAUAUGUUUUCAUACAUUAGGUGUUGAAAAGUUCGAGAAGUUUUAAUCCCUUGGGUAUCAGAGAGCCCCGAUUUGUAAUUCAUAAGCGGACUUUUGCGAGACAGUCGUGCAGACCGAAGUAAUAUCGGUAGAAUCGACCGAGGACUUGCGACAAAUCCACCUCGUGAUCAACCGAGCGUCUUCGCGGAGAGCACGAAUCUCGACUUGGAGCGCGUGCACGCGGAGUGGCACAGUGCGGCGGUCCGUUGCAUUCUGAUGGAGCGGGUGAAAUGGGGCACGCCGAAGGAGAAACGGCAGGGCGGGAGCCCGUUAGCGUGCAGCUCCUGGAUGCGCGAGACCCCGGUGAAGCGGAACGACGCGCACCUCAAACGCCUGGCGCAGUGCCUGCCGUUCGGCGUUCUGCCGAGUCACAGCACGCCGCCGUCCAAACUGAGAAAGUUCAAGAAUCCAUUCGAGCCCGACUUGAUCAAUAGUCUGCACCUGUCCACGAUCAGCCCGACCAUGUUCACCAAGGCUCCCAGCCCCAUGCAGCAGUCACCAGACUUUACAUGGAGCAUAGACGAGCUAGCUCGCAUGAGACCGGCGAGGAUCGAAGAUUCACCUUUGCAGCAAACGCACUCGCCGGACGUGGAAUUGGAGACGAGGGCCCAGGCAGCUAUAGAUCGGUUCUUUAGGCAAAAUCAGAUAAUUCCCAGCCCCUGGGAUGUCAGGGAGAAGAGGAUCAAGUCGUUUUUGUCUCAGAACACUCCCGAUAGGUUUCUGAACGACACCAAGUCCACUCCUGAGCUUUCGAAGCCGAUAAAAGAUGGGUGGAGCCAGACAGUGUUAUCUCUACCGCAGAAUCUGCCCUCGAAUGUGGAAGAAGUUUUGAGGCCCUUCUUCACUUUUACUCAGGAACAGAAUGUAGAUUUAAAUUCGAGCAACAAAGUAACGGAGUGCGAAGAUGUGAAUUCGAGCAACAAUUCACUGAGGAGGAAAUUAUUCUUCUGUCAUGACGAGGGCACUGACACCGAGAGCGAGAGUUUAAAAUCGUUGUCACCUGUUCAAAUGAGCAAGUCCAUGACGUUAGCUUGUAGCCCUCCUCAAAGUGGUAUGUUUGUUCACGGCACGCCGUUGAAGAAGCAACAAAUGAUUCGGCAAAGCAACGGAUCGUCCGUAAUGAUAUAUGAAGAUUUAUCGCCACCUAACAUGUCGCCGAUACGUGAGACCGACAGGUUGUACGAGAGAAUCGAACGUUGUUCUCCGGCCACUAGGCUGAACUUUGCGAUCAACACGAGCACAGACGGUAUAGCUGAAAGGAAAGAUAAAAAUUCAAUCGAUAGCUAUUGUUCCUUAGAUAUGUCCAAUAGCGAAAAUGAUGUGAAACGCACUGAAGGCUGUGGAAAAUUGAUAAUUGUAAAUAACGAUAUAACAAAUGCACGUAGUUCUAUUAAUGUGGAGGAAUUACCAAAAUGUAUAAAUUCAACUGACAAUAUUGCGCAUUCCAACACCGUCGUAUUUAAUGAUGUGGUACGUAAUAAUAAGAUUAGUUUAAAAGAUCCACCGGAAACGGUAAAUUUCUCGCGCGAAAGUCAUAAACAGAGUAACAUAACGUCCGGCACGUUCGAGCAGCAGAGUAUCUCGAACUCGCUUCAAGACACUGGUUAUCAGACUUGUAGUAUAAAUAGCACAAUUCACACGAUAGACAGUUGCAAUAUUUCGACGAGUCACAAAACUCUCUGGAAUGAAAAAAUAGUAAUAUCCAAAGAUAAUGCCCCAUUAUCUUAGUGAGAAAAUAUAACAAAUGUAUCUACUCUUUCCAAAUAUAAUAGGGAAAAUAGAACUUCAAUGGAGUCGUAGAAUUCAUGAAGAAAAUGCUCAAUAUAGGUUAUUUAUAACAUUUAGAUGAUUAUCGCAAGAAAAAAUAAUAGCGAAUGAUUUGUUUUUUAUCAUAAAUUUAUACCACAGUUCCUUACAUUAUAGUCAAUUAAAUUAAAUGACUCGUGAAUGGAUCUCAGUUUGAUAUAAUCAGUGUUAUUUUUUUAUAUGUUCACUUAACAUUUUUUAAUUAUUUAAUCUAAUUGAAUUGGAUCUGAAUAGUAUACGUCAUUAAUUUUCAUAGAGGUGUUCUAAAUUUGAAUCUGUUAUAAAUCUUAAUAUAUUUAUUUGAUAAAUAUCUUUUCGUCGAUACUUUAUACUCCUAUAUUUUUAACAUUUUUUUUGGUCAAAAUGUUUAAAUGUGACGACCCGAAGCUUUUACCGAGGAAAAAUUGACUCCAAACUAUUAGAAAAUAUAUUUACAUUUUUUAAAUCGCUUCUUUACGAUCAACAUCAUUGUAUCGCUUAUAAUUAUUUGAAUCAUAUUAUUAUAAUUAUUAAAUCAUGUACAUGUAUUAAUGAAAGUAUGCUAUAAUUGCUACGUGGAAUAAGAAAUGCUGGAUGAAAUAACCAACAA